UGUCCGGGCUGAGCGUCACACAUGGGGCAGAGCGCGCGCCUCCGCACGGUGAGUGCAGCCGCCGCCAGCAGCAGCUAGGAGCAGAGAGCCGCGCACAGCUCUGGAGGGAGUGCUGCCUGUCUGUCUGCCCGCCUGCAGCCCCGGAGCCCUGGAUGCAGCCUGCACGACACGUCAGACCUCCAGCCUUCUCACUCAGCCCCCAGGAUCUCCCUGCCCGGUCUAUGAGCGCCCCAGCUGGGAUCUGGAGCCCAGCACAGCAGCAGCAGCAGUGCCUCUCAUCACCUCCAUGACUGCACCCCUCCAUGGACUGCUCAUCCGGCACCCUGUCACGUCUAUUACUAGUAUUACAUGUUGCUCUGGAGGACUUUUUUAUACUUUGGGAACUUUUGGCAACCUUUAGAAACAUUUGAAAACUUUUUAAGAACUUUUUAGAAACUUUGGAAAAACUUUGGAAACUUCUUAAAAACUUUUGGAAACUUUUUGGGAAGUUUUUUUUGGCAUUUUGUUGUGUUUUUUUUUGCACAUUGUUGUUUAUAAUUAUUAAUAUUAUAAAUAUUUUGUACAUAAAUUACAUUGUAUCAUUUUUAGUCUCCUGUUUGUGGAUCCCAGGAAAGUCAAGAUGCACUAUUCUUCUUAUCUCCUGAGUGUCUUCCUCACCCUGGACCUGGCCCUCCUGGCCCUCAGCCUGUCUACCUGCAGCACCCUAGACAUGGAGCAAUUCAUGCGCAAGAGGAUCGAGGCCAUCAGAGGGCAGAUCCUCAGCAAACUCAAGCUCAACAGCCCCCCAGAGGAUUACCCCGAGCCCGAGGAGGUCUCCCAGGAUGUCAUUGCCAUCUACAACAGCACCAGGGACCUGCUGCAGGAGAAAGCCAACCAGAGGGCCGUCAUCUGCGAGAAGGAGAGGACUGACGAGGAGUAUUUUGCUAAGGAAGUUUACAAAAUUGAUUUUCUUACCCCUCCUUUCACCUCUGAAAAUGCCAUCCACCCAAAUUACUACAAUCCUUACUUCAGAAUCGUCCGGUUCGACGUCUCUGCAAUGGAGAAAAAUGUUUCCAAUUUAGUGAAGGCAGAAUUUAGAAUAUUUCGUUUACAGAACCCAAAAGCACGAGUAUCGGAACAACGAAUAGAACUAUAUCAGAUUCUUAAAUCCAAAGACUUAACGUCACCGAUGCAGCGCUACAUAGACAGUAAAGUAGUGAAAACGAGAGCAGAGGGGGAGUGGUUGUCAUUCGAUGUGACAGAAGCUAUAAAAGAAUGGCUCCGUCACAGAGAUCGAAAUCUUGGAUUUAAAAUAAGUUUACAUUGUCCAUGUUGCACCUUUGUUCCCUCCAAUAACUAUAUCAUCCCCAACAAAAGUGAGGAGUUGGAGACCAGAUUUGCAGGUAUUGAUGACACAUUCUCAUAUCCCAUUGUGAAGCCUGGUCCAAAAAAGCAAAACAACCAUACUCCCCAUCUACUGCUGAUGCUGCUACCGCCAUACAGACAAGAUUCCCAGCAAUCAAGUCGGCGGAGGAAACGGGCGUUAGAUGCUGCGUAUUGUUUCAGAAAUGUUCAAGACAACUGUUGUCUACGAUCUUUGUAUAUUGACUUCAAGAGGGACCUUGGAUGGAAAUGGAUACAUGAACCGAAGGGCUACAAUGCAAACUUUUGUGCUGGAGCUUGUCCCUAUUUAUGGAGUGCUGACACCCAGCACAGUCGGGUGCUCGGUCUGUAUAACACAAUCAACCCAGAAGCAUCUGCCUCACCGUGUUGUGUAUCUCAAGAUUUAGAAUCUUUGACCAUCUUGUACUAUGUCGGAAAGACACCGAAAAUUGAACAGCUUUCAAAUAUGAUUGUAAAGUCAUGUAAAUGUGGCUAGAUUUGCCAUAGCAGCAUGUGUUGUUUUGAUGGGAUAAAACAGAGAAAAAAAAAACUUUUUCAAAGAAAACAAAAAAAGCAAAAAUAGGCCUUGUUCGAUCAGUGUUAUAUUCUUAAAAAAAGAAGAAAAAACGGUACUAGUGUGAACUUUUUUGGAAAGUUUAUUUUUAAUAACUGGCAGAAACUAUACGUCACUGAAGGUUUUAUCCAGAGUUGGUAAUAAAACUUGGAGUGGAACAUUACCCCCUCUCCUAUGCUGUGAUAUUCCUGUGUUACAGUAAGAGAUUUGGGCCAAUUUUUUUUUCAUUCUCGAUGCCUGCCAGGAUCAACCCAGGUCUCCUGAAAUUAAUUUUAUUGAUGCAUCAUUUUUCCUCUCUGGUACUCUGUUGAAUACAUCAUUUUGGUUCUCCUUCCACGCCUGUGUCGUAACCAGCUUUUGAAUGGCCCACUUUUUUUAUUUUAUUUUUAUGUUUUUGUAUUUGUAGUUGACACUAUAAAAUAAAAAAAAGACAUAAAAAGUAGAUUUGUAGAAACAUAGGAGAUUUGCCUUACGUAGUUUCUGACCUACUAACAGAAUCGAAUGUCUCAAUUUUUUCUGAGCAUCUUUGAAGAACAUAAAAACAUUAAUAUAAGAAUAAACACUGGAAUAAUGUGUUAGUGAUAUUAUGUGAAAGAAGAAAACAAUGGAAAUAGCCCAUUUAGUAGAGCUGUAUCUCUCCCAGUAAUAUUCAGAUUUCUUUGUUUCCUUUAUAACAGGCUGUCUACACAUUUGGUUAAUUUCCCCACUUUUUGAUAUUUUUCCCUGAUUAGGAAUGCACGUGCCUAUGUUUUUGAGGUCAAUCACUGUUUCCAAGAUACAAGAUGAUUUCCUAUAAAAACUUGUAUCAGAAAUGGCAACUGAGAAACGAGUUGCCCAAAGCAAUAUUUUGGUCUGUUGUUUCCACAGUUCAAAAAUGACAGACUCUGACAGAUUGCUGUAGGCAUUACCACUGUUUUCCUGUGCAUUAUUUAUUACACUUACCCCCGAUUCCAUAAAGGGGUUAACUCAUCUGGCCCAUCUGAACAUUUAUGGCAUCUCAGCCCUGGGACCCGCUACUGUCUCAAAAUUGGGGCCCGGCAACGAAUGAAGAGCAUGGCGUCCUCUCUUUUCACAGCUAUUGGACUUCUGAAAAUACCCAAGCAAGUAUGCUUGGCAAUUUUUUUUUUAGAUGUCCCAAGGCGGUGAAUGAAGUGGACACCACGCAUGUGUGACCACCCCUCCGUUCACCUCUGAGGGACUUCUGAAAAUAGCCAAAGAAAUGCUCGGGUAGGUCGAAGCAGUGCUCUUCUAUUUCUGGAACUCCCAUAGCAGUGACUAGAGAAAGUUGCACAUGUGCGGCUUAAACCCCAUUCAUGAUGGGGCCCCACUCUUGAGAAAGAAAUGGGUCUCAGGGGUUGGACCAUCAAACAUUUAUGUCUAUCCUAAUUAUAUACCAUAAACAUCCAGAUGGGAAUACUUUUUUAAUUUUUGUAAAUUCUUAGUAGGUCACAUCCAUUCUAUAUUUGAUUCUUCUGGAACAAUAGUGAUCCUCAGUAGUUCAGAUUUGUUCAUGGAAUAAGUUGAAACUAGUCCUCUAAGAAGUUCUGAUGCCUGGACCAUUUUUCUCUACUCAUGUGGCUACUUAGACCUACGGCAUAUAUUAAACGGGACGUGUCAGGAGAUUCAUGGGCAGGAUGAAAUCUUGUCGAGCUCCGUCAUUGCAGACAUCUUGGUUUUUCUUUGCAGUGUUUCAGAGAAAACAGUGUUUAAACAGGAGUCAGGAACUGGGAGAAGAAUCCUGGAGGAAACUCAGUGCCAGCUUCUGUCUGCCUGGCUCUGCUUGAUUGACAGGUCUCUCCUUAUGCACAAAUAGGAAGAGAUCUGUUAAUGAAGCUAAACUGGAGCAAAGAAGUCAUCAGGGUGCCGGUUGGGUUUUCGUGCCACCUGUGGUUUGGGCAUUAUAACACUAUUUGUUGCAAAAAGGUCAUCGCAACAAAAAGGUAGAAUUUUCAUGAACUGAAAAUUCCCAAAUCUUUUUUGGUUCACCCUCGAUUUAUCAUGGCACCUCUGGACCAUGUACAGUGUCAUGACUCGCCCAUAAAAACCAAUCUGAAUCUGUAACUUUUCUGAUAAUGUGUUGAUUAUUAUAGGUCUUUGGCCGCCCUGGCUCUAUUUUCUUACCUAAAAAUGCCCUUCUGGAUAGUAUUUUUCCAUUUGAUAACUGGCCUACCCAACAAAAAUGUUAAGAUUACUUAGAGUCAUUGACCACAUCCUUCUCCAAAAUUUUUGUCUGAGGCAUUUAUGCAAUUUAAUUAAUUAAUGUAAAUUUCAUUUAUUAAACCAGUGAAAUAUUUAAUGAUUACUGGUCUAAUCAACAGACCUUGCUACGAUGCUGUAUAGCUAUGCUAUAUGUGUUUGUGUUUUUGGGUAUAUGUAAUUGUACCGAUAGUAUUACAAUGGGAGGGGGGGGGGCAAUAUGGAGUCAACAAUAUUUGGAAACUAUUCUUUAGAUCUCUGUUGUAAACAUUGAAAACCAAUAAUUAUGUUCAUCAUGUGUAAAAUGUACAAUCAUACCAACCAUAUUUUUAUACUCUGUACAAAAUGUCAGCUAUAGCAAUGUUUCAUUUACAGUUAGGGCUCUUUUUGAUUGCUCGGUUCUGUGUAGCUGGCCAGUAUGAGCUGAGUCCUGUACAUUGACUUGCACUAGAAUACAUAUUUUACAAUACUACAUCUUGCUCGUAAUUAUGCCGUAAGCUACCUGUUCUUUUUUCCUUGUACUUUCUGCAUGUUUCCAAACAGAAUGAAACGUUUAAGCAGUUUUACAGUAAUGAAUCUGAGAUCUUUUGGGAAUUACACUGUUUUCUAAAUUCUGAACUUUCAGAGGCAGGUUUAAAUAUCUGACAUAUGUAAAGAUGUUUAGUUUGGACUCCAAUCUGACUUAAUAUUCACUGCUAAAUCAAACACCAAAAAUAUUUAAAGGGGUUUUCCGGUUUGCAUUAACCUCUUUUAAAGUAGUCCUUUAUGAAGGAACCUCGUAGUUGUAAUUUUGUAAUAUAUUACUUUUACCCUUAUUUUACUCCUAUCUUCUGGUCCAUCGCAUGACCACGUCCAUGCAGCUCUUUCUCAUUUCCUGUGAUGUCAUGUCCAUGGGCGGGGAAGUGGUAGUAGAGUGUCUAUGUAACUAGCUGGGUGGGAGGGGUUAUAAACUUGCUGGGCGUUGUUAUGGGCAGUGUUGGAGCUGAGGUAGAGAAAGGAGAAGUGGAUCAUGGGUUUGGUUGGAUACAGCAAAAGCAAUUGCUACAUCCAGGAUAGAAACAAACCAGAGCGAAUUGUGUACAUGAUGAAAAUGGGUCAGGAGAGUCCAAAUUGGGGGAAAAAAAAGCAUAAUAGAAAUGAGGAAAGCAACUACAUGAGGAUAUCUGUUAAAUACCCGGAAAACCCCUUUAAUGUAGAACAGAAGGAUUCAUUCUCGAGAGAACAAAAUCUGAAUCCUAGGAACAGAUAUGACUUGGACCUACAGACUUAGCUUUAUAUCAUCCUAAGGGCUCGUUCACACGAGCGUGUGAAGCCCAUGCCCCUGCUGUGGACAGCAAAUUGUGGUCUGCAAUGCAUGGGCACCGUCUGUGGGGCAAGCCCAUGGGGAUCGCACACCCCUUCACUUGAAUGCAUCUGCGAUCCUUCCGUUCCGCAAAAAGAUAGAGCAAGUUCUAGCUGUUUGCGGUGCGGAAGCACGGACCGGAACCCCAGAAAGCACUCUGUAGUGCUUCCGUAGUGUUCCGUUUCAUUCUUCUGUUCUGCACCAUUCCGCAUCUCCGGAGUUGCGGACCCAUUGAAAUUAAUAAGUCCGCAUCCGUGAAGCGGAAUGGCCAUGGAACGGUGCCCGUGUAUUGCGGAUCUGCAAUGCGGAAACGGGUAGCACACGUUCGUGUGUACGAGCCCUAAAUGAAUGAGUUAGCUCAAAAUAUUCAGGGUAGCAAGUGGAAAUCCUUCUGCCAAACCAAGUUAAAAAAACUCUACUCAAAUUUUAUAGGAUUCGGAGCCAAUAACAAGCUCGUUUUGGUCCCCAAAGCAGUAACACUGAUCGAGCCAAGGCAGGGGCAGACUAAGAACUUAAUGGCCCUGGAAAAAAUACUAAAAGUGGCCCCAUUUUGUAGUUUGGUCCAAACUGAUGGAAAUACUGCCAGCAGCACAAAAUAGAUCCCCAAAAACUUCCACUGGCUGACCGUGAGGAGAGUCUAGGUGGUUCCCUAUAAGGUCUAUGACCAGUCUGCCCCUGAGCCAAGGGUUUGAUUAUACAUGACAAGGGCACCAGUGAUGUUUCUCAAGGGUUAUGAAAACCAUACAAAAACAUCUCAACAUUUUAGUAAUUCUCCAGUUCUGUACAUCUAUGGUAAUUAGAGCUUCUUAGAUUAGUUCAAUAUGGAUGGUCCGCAUCUUGGUCAGUAUGUUAGUGAAGAAAACGGCUACAUCCAACUUUUCAGAUAACUGUCCCACUGAAGGAAGUGAAAUAAAAUAUAUGCUAAAAUAAAUAAAAAAUAGACUAAAGUAAUAGUCUAGACAAUUGGGUGAAUAUAGGGCCCCUUGCACAGCUCAACCUCUGAAGCACAGGUAGAUGUAAUACAGCACCCAUAGUCUUCUGUUGUGCCCUUCUGAAAGAAUAUGGAGUGACGAUGGAUCUGUAACCACAGGAAUUCUGCUAUAUAUGUGUGGCUAAAACCAUAAGAUAAAUGAUGAAUUAAAUUAGGUUUUAAGGAAAUUCAAUUCUUAUUUUUUUUAAAUUACAUUUGGGAUUCCUGAAUAUGAAAUUAUUUUUUGUCAAUUUUGUUACUAUGGCUUUUUAAAAUAUUGAAAAAAACUGUUGAUUUUAUACCUUUCCAUUUCAGUACAACUGAUGGCACCAAAGUUAUAAUUGUUUCAAUUUUUUUGCACAAAUGAUGACAUUUUUUCAAUACAGUUAAUGCCCAAUAAUUCUCAAUGUUACUGAAAUACCCGUCGAUACACUAGCUCAUGAUAUACUCUUCAACCUACAGUAUGCUUUGAAAAAAAAAUGACCUUUUUUCUUCUCAACUAUGUAAAUAGUUAUAAAUAUGAGCAGGAACAACUUGUGUUUUUUUUUUUUGUAAUUUUUUUUACAAUUUAUUUUUAUUUUUUAUUUUUCAUUUUGCUAGGAAGGUGCAGUGAAUAUGCCAUAUUCCAGUAAUUUCAGUGUAAAAUAUUUUAUAAAGGGCCGUGAAGCACCAUAUAAACAGUAACAACCCCUGAAAGGUGUAUUUUCAUUUUUUAACAUGAACUUUAAAUAAAAUAUUGACUAAACCGUUCUUAGUACUUUUGUUUGACUUCCGCUUUCCAGGAAAAACGCCAAGAUUUCAGUAAAGCAAUUUUGAAGGGUUGAGAUGAUUAAAGAGAGAAGCAAAUGAGUAAUGGUUACUGGAGGUAUUUUGGAUAGCAAAGGCCUCUUUAUUUUGCAUGUCAAAUCCAUUACCCUGUGGUGGAGGCAAUUAAAUGUGAGUGAAAUGAAUUUCUUCAAAAGUGCAUUGUUUAGUCUUUUUUUUUUUUUUUUUUUAACGUGCCACUUCUGGAUUUCGGUGUUUCUAUUUGAAUUUGGUUUAUUUUUUUCCUUAUGUAUUGUUUCAAAAAAAAUUUCCAUAAGAGAAAAACUUAAGUUCAGUGUUGGCUGUUUUAUCAACAAUACACCUGUAUAGACCGUAGGAGAAAAUAAAUAUACAACCAGUUCAGCUGUAUUUUUGACUGAUUAUUCUGUAUUUUAACACAUUGUAUGUUUGUUUUCGUGGUGCUGUAGUGGUAAAUAAAUUAUUUCAGUUGUA